AUGUUUCGGACCCAACAGAAUGUAUUCGACGAUGCCGUCGCCAAAGCCACCGACGAGAACCUAACCUCCGAGAACUGGGAGUACAUCCUCGAUGUGUGCGACCGGGUAUCGUCCAGUGAGAGCGGCAGCAAAGACGUCGUGGCCGCCAUGAUCAAACGACUCGCACACCGCAAUGCGAAUGUCCAACUCUACACGCUCGAGCUGGCGAAUGCCCUGAGCCAGAAUUGCGGGAUCAACAUGCACAGGGAAUUGGCGAGUCGCAGUUUUACAGAUGCGUUGUUGAGGCUGGCCAACGAUCGGAACACCCAUCAACAAGUCAAAUCCAAGAUUCUCGAGCGGAUGGAGGAGUGGACAAAGAUGUUUGCGAGUAAUACUGAAUUGGGCAUCAUGGAGCAGGCGUACAUGAGGUUGAAGGCGCAAAAUCCUAGUCUCCAACCACCGCAGGCCCCAGUGAAGAGCGCAAUUACAGAUUAUGACAGAAGGCGAGAAGAGGAAGAGCUACAGAUGGCCCUCAAGCUGUCAAUCCAAGACAAGUCGUCUUCGGCUGCUGGUCCCUCUACCUCUAGCCAACCAUCAGACGCACCAGCAGAACUGGCGGCACAAACACCGGGCGGUCCGCAGCAGCAGACAAUUCCUCAGCCCGUCCCCUCCGGCACCACAGCUGCGACGGUAUCCCGAGUACGAGCGCUCUUCGACUUCCAGCCCUCGGAGCCGGGUGAGCUCCAGUUCCGCAAGGGCGACGUUAUCGCCGUGCUAGAAUCCGUGUACAAAGACUGGUGGAAAGGCUCGCUACGCGGCCAGACGGGUAUCUUCCCUCUGAACUACGUCGAAAAACUACAAGAUCCCACACCAGAAGAGUUACAAAGGGAGGCGCAGACGGAGGCCGAAGUGUUCGGCCAGAUCAAGAACGUGGAGAAACUGCUCGCGCUGCUGAGCACGAGUACGGCGGACAUGAAUGUGCGGGAUAACGAGGAGAUUACCGAGCUAUAUCAGAGCACGUUGGCGAUCAGGCCCAAAUUGAUUGACUUGAUUGGAAAGUACACGCAGAAGAAAGAUGACUUCCAACAACUCAACGAGAAGUUCAUAAAGGCCCGCCGCGACUACGAAGCCCUCCUCGAAACGUCCAUGGCGCAAUCCGCCGCACAAUACGGAAGACCCAGCCCAGCACCGUACGGGUACGGGCCUGCCGUAGGGGGUGGGCUCCCACCAGGCCAGCCUCCAGCAGGAGCGGCAGGCUAUCCGCCUCAGAGAUUCUACACGCCUGAUGGUCAAGCUCCAAACAACGGCGUUCCGUACCCUUUCAACCCUCCGCAACCUCAAUUGGCAUACCAGCCGCCUUAUCCUGUCUCAAGCCCGCCUCCGCAGAGUCACACGCCGAGUAAUCUCAAUCAUCAGCCUGCUCCCCCAACUCAAUCGGACGGCUAUCCUUCGUACCCUCCCACAACCGCAGCAGGUCCCGUCCGUCGUCAAUCCCACCCCCCUUCCGAAGCUGCAUAUACCGGCUAUCCACCCGCGCAGCGGCCAAUGGUUCAACCCCCAAAUAUAUCCCAACUACAACUCCACGACGACCCCGCCAAAGACUACUCACCCAGCAACUACUCCAUGGACGAGACCCCGAACCAGCAGCAAUCCCUGGGCGGCCCGUCCGCGCAGCCUCCGCUAUCUCAACCAUCGUACCACCCACCUAUGCCCCAGGCACCGACCACGUCGUCACAACCUCCUCAAACAUCGUACCCGCCACCGUUGUCGUCACAACCGCCCCCAGCAACCUAUGAUUACCCACCUCAGAAUCCCAUGUCUCCUCCACCGCCUUCUCAUGGCCCACCACCGAUUCCUCAGGGAGCGCCGCCAGGGGCGGGAGAUGCCCCGCAGCACAGGCCCGUCACGCCCCUCGCGCAAAGUUCCGCGUACCCGGUGUUUUCGUCCCCGGGCCAGCAUCAGCAGCAGUACCAGGCUUAUAACCAGCGGCCGACGAGUUAUUAUCGUUGA